AAGAGUCAGUGUAUGAGCAGUGUGGUACCGCGACGUCAGUGUCUCUGGCACUGCGCGGAGCUGGUCGGAGCCAGAAGCAGCAGCAACGUCACUCCUUGACGGCGGCAUCAGAGCAGCAGGAGCGCCCAUGAUCCGCGCAGCAGCAGCAGCAGCAGCAGCGUGUUGGUUGCUCCGGAACUCGGCGGAGGAACACAGUCUCUGGUCAGCGGUGUGUGCGGGUCUGUGUGUUGUCUGCCUUUGGACUGUCUGCUGGACGGCGACUUUCAGCGUCUGUGGCCCAGGUAAAAACCAGAAGAUAUUUUAAACAGAAAAGCUUUCAUUCAUUUCAAGUAAAAGCCAGGAACCAAAGACUGACAACAACACAAGAUGGUGAUCGCCUGUGUGGCAUCCUUCAGAAGGACAUCACUGGCAAUUGAGACGGAGAACAGAUGUUUGCAGUGAAGAGGGGCAGACUGGAGAGGAGGUAGGAACAGGUGCUACGUGCCAAGGUGGAUUUGGAGGUGUGGAGGAGAGCUGAAGAUCAUGGGUAAAUCAAACAGCAAGCUCAAGCCAGAGGUGGUGGAGGAGUUAACAAGGAAAACUUACUUCACAGAGAAAGAAGUACAGCAAUGGUACAAAGGCUUCAUUAAAGACUGUCCCAGCGGGCAGCUGGAUGCUGUGGGCUUUCAAAAGAUUUACAAGCAGUUCUUUCCUUUUGGAGAUCCCACGAAGUUCGCCUCUUUUGUCUUCAAUGUGUUUGAUGAAAAUAAGGAUGGACGCAUCGAGUUCUCCGAGUUCAUCCAGGCCCUCUCUGUGACCUCCCGGGGGACUCUGGAUGAGAAGUUGAGAUGGGCUUUCAAAUUAUACGACCUUGAUAAUGAUGGCUACAUCACCAGAGAUGAGAUGUUGAACAUUGUAGAUGCCAUAUAUCAGAUGGUGGGGAACACUGUGGAGCUGCCAGAGGAGGAGAACACACCAGAAAAACGAGUGGAUCGUAUUUUUGCAAUGAUGGAUAAGAACGCAGACGGAAAGCUGACUCUGCAGGAGUUUCAGGAGGGCUCAAAGGCAGACCCCUCUAUUGUUCAGGCUUUAUCACUCUAUGAUGGACUUGUGUAGGAAUGCAAGAUGGAUCCAACUCAGCCUCCUCCUGCACAUUUUACACUAAUCCAGCACCAUCACACCUGUAAGGAGAGGAUCCACUUCUAACAACCCUAGAAGCAGACUACAAACAUCUGUCGCACGAUCCAACAGCAUCUGUGUCAAGUAGCCUUUCGUCCACGUUCAAGUAUAUCCUCUGAUGUGUAUGGAGAAUUCAAACAUGUUUGCAAAACCCUAAGCCAUUUAUCCGUGCUUCUACAAGUUUCAGUGUUGUGGACUGUGUCCGAACAUUUCUGCAAGCUGAGUGUUUGAUUUCCCAAUGGACAGUUUAAGGGACUGAAUCCUCCUCUGAGAUGUGAGGGACGACUUGUUCACACACUGUAAGCCUGGGGAUGCACAUGAGACGUUCAGAGGAGCUGUGUGCUGCUUCCUCACCACAUGGAGAGACUCUAAACAUGGGAGAAUCUGGAACGUUGUGUCACACGAUAAUGUGAACACUAACGUAAAGUCACAACGCAGUAUACUGUACAUAUAAUAAUGUAAAUAUAAUGGUAAUUUAUUUUCUGCUUUGCUGCGUCUAUGGGAAAUGUUCCCAUUAGUAUGGAAUUAAGUUUUGUUUUUUAUCAAAGGUGUUGAAAUGUAUUGCACUGUAUUUUUCAUGAUUAUUGUGGGAUUGUUUUGUCUCACAUUCUGAGGUUUCCUUUCCUGGAAGAACACGCUUUUUAUUUGAUGCAGAGUGUUGAAGGAGCAGGGACUUUUCAUGGAAUAUUUUACUAUGUUUGCAUCCUUUUGUGUUUUCACUUCCCCGUUAGCACGAUCACCCAGCGUCUGCAGUGUUGCACAGCCACAUCCUGAACGACAUAACCAAGCAACUCGAUGUAUUUUGAGCUUACAUCUGAAUUGAGGCUCAUUUUGUCUAUUGAGAGCAUCAUACUCCGCCCUUAACACACAGAGAGCCUUGGCCAUUGAGAGAAACAAACAGACAUCAACCCCAGAGCAUGUGAUGAUGAUGCCUUUCUUCAUUCCUGGACUAUUUUACUUACAGCAUUAAGAUGUCUUAUCAGCUUCACUGGUUUUAUGCCUUAUGCAAAUGAUAAUUUACUAAAUGAUAAAUGUCAUUUACCUGAUGAUUAACAGUAUAAGAGCACAGAAUAAAAUGCAUUUGAGUGGCUAACUUUUCUA